GCAGACUGUAAACAUGAAAAUGAGGUCAGCGCAGUUAAAACAUUAAGCGACCCUUGUUUGAAUUGCCGUAUAUGAGCUCAUGCGUAACUGAGCGAUUCUUCUGAAAGCUUGGCAGCAUAGAUACGCAUAUAGCGUCGGUUGGUGUUGGCAGGCGGAUCGUUGUUUAUCUAAAUCUUAACGCAAGAACGUCUACGUCUACGUGGGAUCUUCUCAUACUAUUUUGUUAUCCGAAAGAACAGCAACGGCAUUGAAUUGAACGUAUAACAGCAAUGGAUGAUCUGCAGUAUGUCGGUGCUGUUGAUCAAGGCACAAGCAGCACGAGAUUUCUGGUAUUCAGUGCUAAAACAGCGGAGCUAAUCGCGUACCACCAAGUUGAAGUUAGCCAGCUAUUUCCCAAUGAAGGAUGGGUGGAGGAAGAUCCUAUGGAAAUAUUGAACACAGUUUAUGAAUGCAUUGAUAAAACUGUACAAGGUUUAAAUCGUUUGAAUAUUCCUGUCAGCUCAAUCAAAGCUAUUGGAAUAACCAAUCAACGAGAGACAACCGUUGUGUGGGACAAAUACACAGGGCAACCGUUACAUCAUGCAAUAGUUUGGUGUGAUAACCGCACGCAAUCCACUGUGGAUAAACUCGUUUCCAAAACUCCGAACAAAAGCCAAGAUUAUCUCAGACAAUAUUGUGGGCUUCCCAUCAGCACAUAUUUCUCAGCAGUUAAGUUGAGAUGGUUGCUUGAUAAUCGACCAGAUGUAAGGAGAGCUGUUGAUGAGGGAAGGGCAUUGUUUGGAACUGUAGAUUCAUGGCUACUGUGGAAUAUGACUGGAGGAGCAAAGAGCGGAGGAAAACACAUCACUGACAUCACAAAUGCCUCUCGUACCAUGCUCUGUAACAUCCGGACACAAAAGUGGGAUGCAGAGUUACUGGAAUUCUUUGACAUCCCUGCUUCAGUGUUGCCAGAGAUUAGAAGUAGUGCUGAACAUUAUGGUGACUUGACGGAGGGUUCAUUAAAGGGAAUACCACUCUGUGGGUGCUUAGGUGACCAGCAUGCAGCAUUAGUUGGACAAACAUGUUUUAAAUCCGGUGAUGCUAAAAAUACAUACGGUACUGGUUGUUUUUUACUGCAGAAUACGGGAACAAAACCUGUUAUGUCCCGGCAUGGCUUGCUUACCACUGUAGGUUAUAAACUGGGCAAGAAUGAACCAACAAUUUACGCAUUAGAGGGAUCUGUAGCUGUAGCAGGUGGGUUGGUACGAUGGCUUCGAGACAACUUGGGAAUUAUUAAAGAAAGUUCUGAUAUUGAGGAGCUGGCAAAGCAAGUGAAUGGAUCCGGUGAUGUUGUUUUCGUUCCUGCAUUCUCCGGACUUUAUGCUCCUCACUGGAGGACUGAUGCAAGAGGAACAGUAUGUGGGAUCACACAAUGGACGACCAAGGCACAUAUCGCGUAUGCUACUUUGGAGGCCGUUUGUUAUCAAACUAGAGAAAUAAUUGAAGCAAUGAAACAAGAUGCACUUGAUGCUGAUACUGAGGAACAUUCAUCUUCAACAUUACAAGUAGAUGGUGGAAUGACAAACAAUAAUCUACUGAUGCAACUGCAAGCUGAUAUCCUUGGCUGUACAGUCAUGAAACCAUCCAUGCCUGAAACAACAGCAUUAGGAGCAGCCAUGGCAGCAGGAAAGGCUUGUGGUAUUUGGAAUCUUAACCCUGAUGAACUUACCAAUGUAACUUUUGAGAAGUUCCACCCCAGUGUGCAUGAACAUGAAAUUUCAAAAAGAUAUAAAUUGUGGAAAAUGGGUGUUGAGAAAUCCAAGGGCUGGCACUUUGGGAGUGGUGGCAAUGCCACCAGUAAUGCACAAGUUACCGACCACAAUGCAGAAAAAGGAAAAUCCAUGUUUUCUGGCACCAUGUUUCUAAUAUCAUCAUUUGCUUUACUUGUAUUGGCCCAAAUGUCAGACUAAUUUCAAUUUUAACAUUUUUUUUAUAAUUUUCAUAAAAAAUGUUCUGGGCAGCAUAUGUUAUAGGUUACUUACCUCAGAAAUUAAUGUUGUUAUAUUAACACUUAGCCAUACUGCAAAUUUAACAUAAAUCAUUUGCAUUUCAGAAGCUCUAUAUAGAAAAUCAGCAUGGUUACUGAAAAAUGCAUUUCAUUAACACAAUUUGAUUGUGUAACUGCCAUGCAAUUUUUAAUUUUAUUAGGUGAUUAAUUUAGAUAAACGUUAUGCAAUUUUGUAUGGUUAUACAUUAAUUAUACUAAUCUACACGUAACAAUUACCCUUACCUGUGCAAAAGAUAAUUCACACUUUUAAAUAAGAUUAAAAUUAAAAAUUAAAAAUCUUAUUUAAUAUUGGUAGAUUUAAACAGCUAAUGUAAAAUAUAAAAUCAUAAUAAUCAUUCAAGCUUUAUGUUAAGCUGUUUCCACCAACACUCGGUUUAUGUUAGGCUGUUUCCAUAUAACCCUACUUCGCAUUUUAAUGUGUGAUUUCAUACACCUCGUGCUCUAUUGU